CGCGACGCGGGAAAUUCAUGCAGAACAGCUGAACCUGAGAUUUUUCUGCAACUCAACUUCAAGUAUAAGUAAUAAUAAUUAUCAAACGUUACACUUGCCGUUACUGAGAUAAAGUGGACCUAAUUUUUGACAGACGGGAAUUGUUUGUUUUCUUUUCUUCGAAAUGAAUAACGUUUGUUAAAAAUAUCGUAUUUUAACUUUCGUAAUCCAGCCGCAGCCAGCUCCAGCUCUGGCUCUAAUCUACCACCAACGGCCAACCAACUCAGCUCAGCCGGUGCGGCCCCGGGUUCAGCCAAGGCAUAAGCCCACAGACCAGGCAGUGGAAGAGCAAAAAGUGAAUGGAAACUGAAAAAUGAGUGGUGUUAUGUAUCGAUGUACUCUCCCAGAAUGUGAUUGUGAGGAGUUCACACCAGGCAAAACACAACUAAAGACUUGUGAUCGAUGCAAACAUGGAUGGGUUGCCCAUGACUUGAUUACAGAGGCCCAAGCUAAAAAAAUCCGGAAGAGGGGAACCAAAGAUGGCACCCCUUGCCAGAACGGAAUCUGCGCCUGUGGCAACUACCAACGGCCUCCCGGUGUCUCUAAAACUUCCUGGUUGGCCGUCUGCGAUAACUGCAAGCAUACAGAGACGGAGCAUCGCUAUCCCACCAAACUGGACAAGAAGAAGAAGCAUAACCUUGAAAAGGCUGCAGACUCUGCCUGUGUUGGCUGCAAAAUGCAGUGCCCUGGUUUCCAGCAGUACCAUGACAGUCAAACAAACAAGAAGUGCAGUAUCUGUAAUCAUGUGAUUGAUACUCACCGGCCAGCGGAUCCCUUGGAUACCUUCAUAUCGGAAACGCUUGAUGCAUCUAGUAAUCUCAGAUGUCACUCAUCAGUACCUCCACCAAAUAAACCGGUGAGCUCUGUUGGACGGGAAAGCAACGUUGAUGAUGAUACCUUUCUCAAUGCUUGGUUGGAGCCCACCAACAUCGACCAUGAUGAGGAUGUUCCGUUUUUAGAGCCCAAUGUCUGCCUAUGCAAAGGGUUCUGCUUUGAUGACAUGGCCAGAAUCUGCAACCAAUAUUUUGGAUUCACGGAAGCAGUAGUGGCUCCUCACAUUCCAAACUUAGCCUGUCAAAGUUGCUCCCAUGCUCUCAAAUAUCACCGCCAUCACACUGAUAAGGAACAAGAACAGCUGGAUUCUCGAAAAGUAAGCAACUUGACAAUGGUGGGUGUGGUCAAUGUCAUGGCAACCAGCAUCCCAGGUUACCAUAGAAACAUUGGAAUCAGUCUUCAGAAUGGUGGUACCAAGAAUAGUUGUAAGCUGAUGCUUGCGACAACAAGACUUUGCGAUACGAAUGAUCCCCAUAAGAACACCAUAAACAUAAGCAGUUCAACCUUUGCAAUCCACGGUCAUCACCAUCAUUAUCAUGGGCAUGUAGGAUCCGUGUCCAGUGUUGGGGAUAUUGAUGAUAGCGAUGAGGAGAAGGAGAACGAGUCUCAUCAGGCCACGACGGGAGGGAAGAAACGCGGGAGGAAGAUGUCGCGGUUGGUAGGCGACGUUAAAAAGAAGAUAAAGAGGAGAAGGCUAGGAAGCAAAAGUUCCCAUGUUUCAGAAAGUGAUGCUGAUGGUUUAGAUGAUGAGGAUCCUAGCGGAAGGAUGUCCCGCUCUCUUGGUAGACUAGGUAGCGAUGUCAUUGCCACCUUUCCACAGGGUUCACAGGUUACUGCGCUUUCUUGGUCACAUCAAGCAAAUGAACCGACACUUGCUAUCUGUACAGACGACAGGACCUUGAAAAUCCAAAGCCCAGACGAAUCAGUGGAAGUGAAGUUCCCAGAGAAUACAGGUCUUUGCAAAUGCAUAUCAUGGUUCCAUUCAGGAAAAUCUCUCAUCACAGGACAUGUAUGUGGUCUGUCCCUCAUGUGGAAACUGUCACAUUCCCCCAGAUCAGGAUUGGAGUGUUCUGUCAUUACACAGAAUGGAUCCAGGUCUAGGGUCACUUCCAUUUGUAUAUCAGGGGACGACAGGUACAUAGCGUUGGGUCACCAGAACAGUGAAGUGCUUAUAUUUGACACCAAGAAGGGUCUUGAAAGCUCUUCCAAUGACCGUGGAUCCUCCCCUCCGAACCCUCGGCUCUUAUCCACAUGUUCUAUCCUGUAUGGUGCUGUUCUAUGUAUGGCUUGGCAUCCCUCCAAAUUAAUACUAGUAGCAGGUGGUGAAGAUGACCUUGUCACCGUCUUUCACAUGAAGAAACCAGCUUCACAGACUUCAAGGGGAACUCUCAAAUACUUCUUCACCAGAUCACCUAGAAGGCCUACAAAGAAAGGAUUUCAUCAAUGUGCUGUUCUUAAAGGGCACAAGUCCUUUGUGGGAGCCAUUGCAUUCUCUCAUUCUGGCGCUUACUUAGUCUCGGCUGGGUGGGACGGACAGCUCCUCAUCUGGAAUGUCUCCGACAUCGACGAUGCCAUCGAGAGCGAGGACAUCAACAUUGAGAUCGUCUGCUCUUCUGGUUUUGUGAUGGGGAGGUCAUCCAGGAGUCAGAGUUUGAACUUAGUGUCACGACCGUUUGUGCCGGAGGAUAUUGUGGUGUUUGCCUCCAAAGCUGUGGUGCUGUACAGGACCAGUGUGAAUAGGGUCAGCCUUGCGAUGUACGAAAUACCAAAGAAGUAUUCAGAAAUAGCUCCCACAUGAUUGAACUGCACAAUGGCCAUAUAAAUGUCAAGUUUAGAAGAGAGAUCAUAGGAAAAAUCUCAAGGUAAAUUGGUGUUAUUUCCUUUUUCAUUUUUCAUGAUUUGGGGCAAUCUAUUACACAAGGCCAUUUUUCACUUGUUUUCGCAAUAUGUAAAAUGAGAGUCUUCAGGGGAGAGGAGACUGUAGUUUCACUGGUAUGUGAAGGAAAGUUAGAGUAAAACCUGUAUGGAGGGACCCCAUUUACAGUGUCCCCAUUAUAUCUUACAAUAAGACUUACAUUAUUGAUAAUACUAUCAAUACUGUAAAAGGAGAAAGUGAACAAAAACAAAAAUGUCAACCUGGCUAUUCCUAUUAAAGUCAAAUUAGUUGUAAAAUUUUACAAAGAGUGUUUAAUUCAUGGUUGAAUGAAUUGUGAUAAUAUCAGAAAUCGACAUAAUCCAUGAUUAUGUUCCAUGGUGCAACUGAUACCUCUUUUGGGAAUAUGGGUCUGUAUGUUAACACUUUAUAUUCAGAGUAUCAUUGUACUACAUUAGUACAUUAUUUUUUUAUUAAAAAAUAGUCUGAUUGAUUUUAGGCCUGUAUGUUUACACUUUAUAAUCAGAGUAUCAUGUUUUACAAACAGAAUAAAGAGAUUUUUUUUUUUUUGGGGGGGGGGCUAGUUCCAUGAUAAAAUAAUCCUGUAUACUUUUUAAAGGAAAGUCCAAUGUUAGACUUGGAAUGCUGUCAGUUCUGGGGGUUGAUUUCUGACAUUUUUCCACAAUUCCCAUUAUAUAGAGUUAAGUGCAUCCAGCAUAUUUGGUGGAAUAACCAACAGUAAUGAGAUUUGAAACUUGGUUUACUCUUGUGGUUAUUGUUGAAAUGUAAUAUGUGCAUCUUGCUUCAGUGGAAUUACGAAUGAGUUUAUGUAUCUGAUUUUUGAAAUGUCGUGAGUAAACGUCAAACUAGUAUCCAUGUUUGGAGGUAGAAUAUUUGCUUUAGAUUAUUUGUUUCAUGUGAAGAAUGCAGACAUGCCAAGCGUGAGACUUCCGGAUUAGGAGCUCUUGCUCAUCCCUCAAAUCUCUUUCUCAAGCAUGUAUUACAGCCUAUCCCCAUAUAUAUUUUACAUAAUACCUUUGAUCUUACACUGAAUCACAAAAAAUCUUUCCCGUAUUAGGGUCCCGUAACUCAAAGGUUAGCGAUUGAUCGCACACUUGAUUUUCACGAUUGAUUGUACAUCGUAGUCAAUGGAAUCAAUCGUA